UUGAGUAAAGUAUUGGGCUGUGACGAGAAUUCCAUAACGCCACCUUGUUUUUUCAGAUAUGAACGUCUGAUCUCUUCGGAAAACACAUCACUUGUAUAAGAUAUUUGAUGCCAGUUGCUGGUCGCAUUAGGCUGUAGUGCAAGUGAUGGUUUAUUUACUUAUUCUCAUGUGCCAACUGGGGAACUGAAUAACUAGGCCAGCUACAUCAGUGGUCAUCAAUUUCAUAAAAAAUUCCAAUGAAUAGUUCCAUCUCUAGAUGGGCAACUCUUAUUUCGUCUUCAGUGCAUCAUAACAUUCAGGAUGCUCUUUAAAAAUUCCAAUCCAUUUUAUUUAUUGCAGCCAAGUCCACAUAGAUAUGACAAAAAGCUUAGGUUCCAUCUGGACGGCCAACUAACUUAUGCGAUGAUCUCUUCCGCACAGAUAGAAAGGUGGGAGAAGACUAGGCUAGAGGUUCAUGGUUCGUACCGUUCCGAUUGCUUCAGAUAGCAAUUGGAAGGAAGGGUCAUAAAGUGGCGGAAGAAGGCAAUUCCUCCCACUUGAAGAGAGUGCAAUUGCACUAUUGCAGGAAGGCAGAGAACUUCGGUAAAAGGAAUUUAUGUGGUAAAAGGAAGGCAAGAGUGCGAUGGCAGCUGGAGUUCAGGAAUCAAAAAAGAAAAAGCUCUACCGGUGGAGCCAAGUUGGAGUGCAGAGAACGCGUACGCUUCCAUUAUAUCUUUUGACUCCUGGCUCAAGCUGGUGGGGUUCCAUCUUCCUUGUUUUUUUUCUCUUUGUUCUCUUUCUUGGAAGCGCAGAGAAUUGGAGAAGCGUUAAUUAGACGCCUCCUCUUCCUUUGUUUUUUUCUUUGUCCUCUGCACUCCAACUUGACUCCAACUUGGCCGAACUAGGCCGAGUUGGGAGGUCAUACAAUUGGGAGGAACAUUAUCUACCCUCUUCAAUUGGGAGGAAGGCAAGAGUGCAAUGGCAGGUGGAGUUCUAUCCUCCGUUAUACAGGCAAUUGACAAGUUGGCAGCACACAUCCGACAAUUGUCUGGGUCAUCAUCAUUGGAGCCAUGCAGCGUUGAAGAUCUGGACAAGCUGAAGAAGACACUGCUGAGGAUUCAAGACAGUGUUCAGGAUUCAGAGAGGGAAAUAGGAGAUGCAUCAACAAAAGUAUGGUUGAGCGAGCUCGAAGUCUCAGCUUAUGAUAUAGAAAAUAUAUUGAUGGAGUCUCAAUUUCUGGGAUACGGUGCAGAGCAGCGGACUCGGAUGGAUGCUCCCAGCAAGAGAAAGCGAGACCAGGUAUGUAACUCUGUUAAAGCUCCACUUCCAGAUGACGUAGCACAUAAGAUUAUGGAAAUUAGAAGAAGAGUUGAUGAGGCAGCAACUGAAUGGGCUGCCAUCCAUUUGACACAGAGUGAUGGAAGGAGGUGGCUUGAGAGUACAGGAGGGCAUUUGCUUUCUGGCUUCCAAAUAGAUGAGUCAUUUGUUUAUGGAAGGGAGGAUGAUAAAGAGAAUGUAAUUAAAUUGGUCUUAUCAGAUGACUGCAAGCGAGAUGAAGUUUCUGUCAUUCCAAUUGUUGGUAUGGCAGGUGUAGGGAAGACCACACUUGCUCAGCUUGUUUACAAUGACUCAAGGAUAUGUGAGCAUUUCACAACAAGGGGAUGGGUCCAUGUAUCUCAAAAUUUCGAUGUUACGAGGCUAACAAGGGCAAUUUUAGAAUCUAUCACUGGGAAACCUUGUGAUAGCAACGAACUAAUUGAGCUUCAAGGAACACUAAUGGAAGUAUUGAGCGGAAAGAGGCUCUUGCUUGUUUUGGAUGAUGUAUGGAAUGAGAAAGAAAGUACCUGGGCAUGUUUAAUGUCUCCGUUCAGUAGUGCAGAGAUGAGUAAAGUUGUUGUGACCACCCGAUUUGUAAAGGUUGCUAAGAUCAUGCAGACUGUAGUUCCCUACCAAUUGCACAACUUGACUGAAGAUAAAUGUUGGCAGUUAUUCCAUCGUUUUGCAUUUGAUGGCCAGGAUCCUAAUGAGCACCCGAACUUGAUAGAAAUUGGCAAGAAGAUUGCAGCAAAAUGCCAUGGAUGGCCUUUGGCUGCAAAGACAUUGGGAGGGCAGCUCCGCUUUGAAACUGAUGAAGAGAGCUGGAAGGAUAUCUUAGAAGGUGAUCUAUCUGAGUUGGUGGGAGAAAACCAAUGAGAAUUCGAGAUGUUAAUGUAACGAACUUGUAACAUUAAUAGAGUUGUUAUCCUACUCAAAAUCUGUUAUAAUUAUGUUUUUAUAUACAUGCUGUAAAAACUUUUGUAAACAAGCAAUUCAUAUACAAUUCAAUAUAUAGAGAUUUCAUCCUCU